AUGCGACAAGCGCCUUGGACUCUUCUCGUCCUAGUCUUCUUCAUCGAAAGCGUUAUGGGCAAUUACGCAAAAUCCUUCUACAUUCAUUGGAAUACAACAAAUAGCAUAUUCAGAAUAGACAACACCGAUCAUGUAUUCGAUUUGAAUAAAGGCAACGCUCAGUUCGAGUACGACCAAGUGAACAUAAUAUGUCCCGUCUACGCGCCCGGCACCUUUGAGGAAGAUACGGAGAAAUACAUAAUAUAUAACGUUAGUAAAGAAGAAUAUGAUACUUGUAGGAUAACCAAUCCGAACCCGCGUAUUAUAGCGAUAUGCGAUAAGCCGCACAAACUGAUGUUCUUCACGAUUACCUUCAGACCGUUUACGCCGCAGCCCGGCGGGCUAGAGUUCUUGCCAGGUAAAGAUUACUAUUUUAUAUCAACGUCUAGCAAAGACGACUUGCAUCGACGUAUAGGCGGUCGCUGUCUGAGUCACAAUAUGAAGCUGGUUUUCCGGGUGUGCUGCAAGCCGGAAGACCAGCCACCUGCUCCACCAUCGCAGCCCACUCCUCCACCACCGCCGCCACCACCCACCAUGCCGCCGACCACCACAACUACUACCACAUUCAAGCCGGUAACCAAAAAGACGCACAAAUACGAUAAGACGCAAAACGAGGUUGUGAAGAGCGAGGAGCUUUCAUACUCUCGCGGGGCAGCGCUCGCUUCCUCCCUGGCUUUGGCUUUGGCUGCGACCGCCGUUUUAGCGCCCCUGGCUCGG